AUGUCCAGAUCCGUAUUUGCCAAUGUCAAUAAAGUGACUACCAACGACGAAGAAGAAGAAUUCCCAUCAUCAGGACCUACGCGCUAUAUUGCAAGAACAAUUCCUACCAACACACCAUUCUUUAACUCCUCAAAUCAGAGAAACCAGGAUCGAUAUAACAGAACGAAUCAAAAGGAACUACGGAACCCUACACUCACUGCCCCUACCUUUAAAACAUCCCAGGGCCUACCAUCCGCAGCGGCAGAGAAACCAGGUGAGUUUAGCAACGACUUUGAUGAGGAACCCGAGUACCAAGACGCCAGCGAAUAUAUCUCGCCAGAUACUUUCAGAACAGAAAGUGAAGAUUUAGAAGUCCAUGGUCCAGACCACUACGGUCGUCUUGAAGCAGAGCCCACCAGAGAUAGCCAGGACCGUCUGUGGACAGAGAUCGAUGCCCUAGACGAUGUCAAACGGCUGGCCCAAGAAGUCAACCUCUAUGAUGGUUUUCCUCCAGGUUUCGAAGAACAAUUGGUCAAGAUUAGAGAAUCACACGCUCAUCUCCUCAAGGCGAUGAGGGACCGAAAUGCAAGAAUCGAAGAAGAAAGACGCCAUGAGAUUACUAGCCCAGGAGAUUCUCAUGUCAACAGUAAUGAUCAUCUUAACAGACACACUACGGGGAGCUUCAGCCGCAUUAUCAGCAACGCUACGGCAGGCGCAGAUACGGCCACCGCUGGAGGCACACCAAUUGCAGAGAAACAGUCCCAUAAUAUAGACAGAGAUUACAUGGGACCCAUAGUACAGGCAAACGAGGAUAGAUACGUUCAAGAGAUGAUUGACAAUAUCAAGUCAAUACGUAUGUGA